ACAGAAAGUAGAGUGUGUUCGAACGUGAAGCAACGCUGUCGACGUUUUUCCCCUAUGCAGUGCCAUUUUACAAUUGUUUGCUUCAGUUCAAAAUGUACAAACGGAUGUCGGUAAAAUUGCUUAACAUACCAAUCCAUUCCAAAAACCAAUUUCAUCGCAGAGAAUUUACCGGCCAUGUCAAGAGUCCCGGCUUUGGAUCCUGAAAUCGACUUUCGUCGUUUCAAUAGUCUUGCUUCUGGUCUAUCUGUUCAUCGCUAAUUCAGCCCUCGACCGGACUGACCUGAAACCGUGCUAUCGCCGUAAAGACAAUAACAGCAACAAUCUCGUAGAAUAUUUAGUUGAUGUGAUGGACAGCGAUCGCAUGCCGGUACCGGAUAACACCAUUUUCUUCUACAUAACCACAUGUUUCGAGUCUGGCCGGAUUGAAUUGAAACCAAGAGAAGCUUGUGCCAUCGAAAGUGCAGCCAAACACAAUCCCAACCGGGACAUUUUCGUAUUAUUCAUCUCACCGGUUGGUUUUACGGACAUUAUACCGAGUUCCGUUGAAUCCAUUCUAAAAUAUCCGAAUGUUCAUCUGCGGAACAACGACAUGUGGAAAUAUGCGGCUGGCACACCGUUAGAUCAAUGGCUCCGAUCGGAUGCAAUGUUUUACUCAAACUAUUUGUAUGAACACAUGUCCGAUGUGCUGCGCUUUUUGACGCUGUACAAAUUUGGUGGAAUCUAUGCAGAUACGGAUGUGGUGGUUAAGAAAAGCUUCGACGGUUUGGGGUUAAAUUUUGCAGGAGAUGAUUGGGGUACUGUCGUUGGCUGCUCCGUAUUGGGAUUGAGCGUAACAGGACUCGGUCACAAAAUUGCUGCUCAUUGCUUGAAUGAGAUCAUCCAUCAUUACGAUGGCAAAGAAUUCAUCGAGAAUGGACCGUGGGUUUUCACUCGAACGCUGAAUCAUCUGUGCCAAACGAGUGAUAGAAAUUUGUGGUCGAUCGACCAGUGUCACGGAUUUCGGCUGUUACCGAAAAACACAUUUUUCCCGAUAGCCUGGAUCAAUUGGUUGUGGUAUUUUAACGCAACAUUUACCAAAAGCACACUACAGGCCAGCGAAGAUUCAACGUUAAUUCAUGUUUGGAAUGAUCGCAGCAGAAAUACGAGACUGGAACUGGGUAGCAAUACGGCAUAUGAAUUAACUGCUGAACAGAAUUGUCCCAUUGUUUACAGCACGAGCGACUAUUUGUGAUUCUAAUAAAACAUUCCACUAGUGUUAUCUCGCUUUUGUUCCAUUCGGGAAAGAUGAGACAACAAAACAUUCCAUGAAAAUCAUAAAGUUCAUAGAU